AUGAAUGGUAAUGAUGUGGACUGGUUCAUAGCUCUAAAAAUGCCUACCAUCAAAACUGGCACGGCUAGCCCAUUCUUACCUAAAGGCACCGCCUUCUUUUAUGCUGAUGUUAACAAUCAAGAGUUCAAAAUCUCUGAUAAGGAUAUCAAUGAUCCGAAAAGUGCUAUGGGAAUGACUGUGUCACAAGCCAUUGAUGCUACGAAAUCCAAAGUAAAGUUUGUGAAACGGUCCGGUUUUUAAUUAGAGUUUUGGGCGGGGUGAUUUUUGGUAAAACUGAAAAAAAAAUUUAGAUAAGGAAGAGGGUGAUGUAAAAAAAUAAAAAACUUUACAAAAGAAUUGCUUUUUAAAUUUUAAUGAAAAAAAUUUUGGGCGGGGUAAGAAAAUUUUUAUUGGGGGAGAAUCAAAAAAACAUUUUUUUUUUCAAAAUUCAAGUUCUAUUAUGCAAAAAAAACAAAAGUUAAAAAAAUACGGCUACCUCCCCCCCCCACCUACUCAUCAAAAUCACCCUUCCUUCCCUCUCCCCUUCCCCAAAAUAACCGUACUGUAAAAUUUUGAUAUUCUUUAGAAAAACCCAUUUACAGGACAAGUACUGGAUGUUUUACAACGACCAACAGCCCGGUCGUACCGACUCGGAUGGUCAUCGUGCUCAUGCUAAAGGAGUACAAGCUUUCGAUUCGAACCAAGGUUUUUGGCUGAUCCAUUCAGCACCUAGGUUUGCUGAUCCUGACAAGCCAUAUUACUUCCCGGAAACUGCUACUAAGUUUGGACAGUCCUUCUUUUGUAUGACUUUUGAAAGUGAACAGCUUCAUGAGAUUGGUACGUAUCUUGCUUUACCCUACCACACUAUACCAUACGGUACUCUACCUUACCCCACUGUACCCUACAGUACUCUAACUUACCCUACUCUACCCUACCCUACCCUGCCCACUUACCCCCUGUACCGUACAGUACUCUACUUUACUCUACUCUAACCUACAUUCCCAUCCUUUUCAAAAUCUUUUACCCUCACACGUUUCAAAAUAUUUUACACCCCCCCCCCUUCAAAAUGCACUUUUAAACCAUGAAUUUGUUUAAAACAGCCACAACUCAUGUAUAACAAGCACAAUAUCAGUAAUAUUGUUGCACCUGUUCAGGUCGCCAAAUCCACGUUGCUCAGCUGUCCAUCACGAAAUUCGGAUUCCCAGACGCAUUUGCUCAAUACGAAAAGUUGCAACGUGCCGUGAAGCUGGGCAAAUCAUUAUCGACCAAAUCUUGCAGUUUCAACCGGACUACAGCGUUGAAGACCAAAGGAGGGCAAUGGCUGACUAGCUACGAAAAACACAGAAAUUUUGGGAAAGGUACGGUUUGAUACAGUAUUUUAGGGUCUUUGAGUGAAAAAAGUGGGCGGGGUAAAUUUUAUUUUUUUCGGGGGAGGGGGGGGGGAGGGUAAAAAAAUUUUUUUAAUUAACCAGGGCUGAUUAAAUUAAAACUAUUUCUUUAAAAAAAAAAUUUUGACAAUACCCUCCGUUCUCCACCCCCAAAAAAUUUUUUACCAAGGUCAAAAUAUUAUAAGCAAAAAACUUCCAGACCUAUACUCAAACCAAUUAGUACCAAACACGAACAAAGCUUUUUACGUUGAAACUUGGCUAAACGGUCCCCGUGAUUACGCCCCAACAUGUAAAACCGAUGACUAUGUCACAAACAACCGUCGUAUUGCACCCGGAGGAGUGGAAUGGUCAAGUGCGUUGGAUCACAGUAAAUGGGCUGUCAGUGAUCAACCUGCGACUGUUUGUGUUGGGGACAUUAAUCGACAGGUGAGCACGGAAAAGAUAGAUAGGAGGUAUUGUAGAGUCGAGAAAGUUCCCGGUAAGGACAUGAUGGGCUUACGGUAAGGCAGAGAAACCUAGGGUAGGGUAACUGAAGAUAAAAGAAUUGUAGGGUAGGGUAAGAUAAGGUCAAGUAAGGUAUGGCAGAAUAGGAUGAGGUUAAGUAUGGUAGGGUAAAGCAAAACAUGGUAGGGUAGGGUACAGUAGGGUAGGAUAUGUCAAAACAUGGCAGGGCACGGUAGGACACAGUACAGUAGAGUAGGGUAAAGUAAAUCAAAACAAAAAUUUUUCGUAUUCCCUUAACCAAUGCUUUACCCCUAUCACCCAUCCUUACCCUGCCUUACCCUACCACCCACCCUUAACCUGCCUUCCCCUACCACCCACCCUUAUACUGCCUUGCUUUACCACCCACUUUUACCCAGCCUUGCUCUACCACCCCCUCUUACUCUGCCUUGCUCCAACAUCUACAGUUACCCUGCCUUUCCUUACUACCACCCUUAUCUACCUUGACCUGCCGCCCAUCCCUACCCUGUCUUGCCUUACCACACACUGUUACCUUGAGUUGCCCGACCAUCUACUCUUAUUUAGCCUUUCCUUACCCACCCUUGCCAUGCCUUUCCUUACCAACCCCGAUCUUACCCUGCCUUUCCCUAUCACCCCCCCCCUUACCCUGUCUUGCCCAAAGACAAAAAAAAUAAAUGAUACAAAACAGGCCUGCUUCCCCUACGCCUCCAAAACCCUUAAAUUUUAGGCAUCCCAAUCAAAGCGAGGCGGCGGUACCAUGUGUAUUGAAAACCGGAACAUCUGGAAGUUUUUCCGAGAUUCGGUUAAGACGCCCGAAUGCUGUGCCAAAAUAAAAGAUGCUUGUGAACCCAUGCCCUCGGAUUCGAUUGCGACUGAUGAAUAA